AUGGCUCCCAACAUCAACGACGCCGACAGGGUCAAGGACGCCGAGCCUCAGAUCUUUGAGGACGAGAACCCCGAAAAGCCCAUCCCCCGCAACACGGGCAAAGUCGACUACUCUGGUGCUCAGGAGAAGACUGAUCCCAAGGAGAUCGCCCUCGUGAAGAAGCUGGACAGAUGGAUGAUGCCGAUGCUCUGGUCUAUGUACUGGUUGAACUAUCUCGAUCGCAAUGCCAUCGCGCUGGCGCGUCUCAACAACCUUGAGGAAGACCUCAACCUCACCGGGUCCCAGUACCAGACCUGCGUGUCGAUUCUUUUUGUCGGUUACAUCUUGGGUCAGAUUCCAUCCAACAUGUUCCUCACCCGAACCCGUCCCAGUCGUUACAUGGGCACGAUGAUGAUGUUGUGGGCCGUUGUCAGCGCCCUGACGGCCGUCUCCAAGGACUUCACCGGCCUCUUGCUGACCCGAUUCUUCCUCGGUGUCACAGAGGCCCCCUACUACCCCGGAGCCGUCUACCUGCUGUCCAUCUUCUACACCCGUAAGGAGGUCGCCACCCGCAUCGCCAUCCUGUACACCGGCAACAUCCUCGCCACCGCCUUCGCCGGCCUCAUCGCCGCCGGCAUCUUCCACGGCAUGGACGGCCUCGGAGGCCUCGCCGGCUGGAAGUGGCUGUUCAUCUUGCAAGGCGCCGUGACGUUUGUCAUUGCCGUCGUGGGGUUCUUCCUGCUGCCGGACUUCCCUCAGAACACGAAGUGGUUGACGCAGGAGGAGCGCGACCUCGCACACAACCGGAUGGAGCUCGACACCGUCGGCAACCAGGGAGCUUCCGGCACCAUGAAGGGUUUGCGCGAGGCGUUGAAGGACCCUCUGGUGUGGAUCUUUUGUGCGAUGGCUCACAUGCAUCUGGCUGCCAACGGCUUCAAGAACUUUUUCCCCACCGUCGUCGAGACCCUCGGCUUCAACACCACCAUCACUCUUGUCCUCACUUGCCCCCCCUAUUUGAUUGCUGGGGCGAUCACCAUUGCUGUGUCGUGGUCUUCUGGCAAGUUUAACGAGCGCACAUGGCACAUUACUGCUUCCAAGGCCGUUGCUGUCGUCGGUUUCGUGUCGGCUGCCGCAACUUUGAACCUGGCCGGAAGAUACAUUUCGAUGGUUAUCUUCACCAUCGGAACAUAUGGUGUAAACAGUCUGAUCCUCGGAUGGUGCGGUAGUGUCUGCGGACAGACCAAGGAGAAGAAGGCCGCCGCCUUGGCUGCCGUUACAACGAUCAUGAACAUCAGCUUCAUCUGGACGCCUUAUCUCUGGCCCAGCAGCGACGAGCCGCGUUACGCCAUAGCUAUGGGAAGCUCUGCCGGGUUCAGCAUCGCGACUGCGGCGCUUGCGUGGCUGGUCAAGAUCAUCCUGAAGAAGCGCAAUGCGAAGCUCAGGGCCUCGCACGACGAGACGGGCGUCUUCUAUGUCUACUAA